UAUUGUAAAUACUACUGCUUAAUUUUGAACUAACAUUUUAUUUUCUAAUUUCAGAAUCUACUAACUCCGAUGUAAUUGUGGCCGAAGGAGAGAAAUUAAUGUUACGUUGCCCAACGGAUUAUGAGUCCGAUGUAAAAUGGUACAAAGACGCAACCGAAUUGCGAGGUAUUUUACCACGAAUUCGUACCCAAAAGCAGGCGAUAAAAUUCAAACAUGUUGAGGUGGACGACAGUGGAAAUUAUGGAUGUCGACUGGAGAAUUCAUCGACAAUUCAGUGGCGAAACAUUACUAUUCAAGUUGAACAAGCACAAAACGAUGGAUUUUCCAGUGACAGCGGCGAAUUGGGAAGCGUUUUAGGCGCCUUGAGACCCGAAGACGAAACCAAUGAACUAGAAAUCCGAUCGCGAGGCUUACCAGAGACACGUUCGCUACAUCUGGACACCGAUCUAGACAACGAUAAGUCCGAGAACAGAAAUGCUGGGGAUCAUAAUCACACUGUACCCGCAAGUCUCCCGAUGUUCAACAAGAUUGAUGAAAUGCAUAAUUCAAUCGUGAAACCAGCUGGAAAUAUGCUAAGACUACGUUGUCCUUAUGUUGGAAAUCCACAACCUAACAUUACAUGGUUGAAAGACAAUAAAGCACCUGAACGCGCUGUUGGACCUGUUCUUAUCAACAAAUGGACACUUAGAGUUGAAGAUCUUGUUGUUUCGGAUGGCGGCAAUUACACGUGCAUUGUUUGCAAUAUUCUUGGAUGCAUCAACCAUACCUUCAAAGUUGACGUUAUCGAAAGCGUCCAACACCGUCCAAUUCUGACUCGAGCACCGGAAAAUACUACAGUCCUGAUUGGAAGCAACGCAAGUCUUAUCUGCGAAGUACUGUCAAACGCACAUCGUCACCUCGAGUGGUAUCACGGCCGUCAUAAAAAUUUUGAAACUAUCAACGUAACAAAUUCAAGCUUAAGGGUCGAGGUUAAGGCUAGUGGAGUCGAUAGUCCAGAAGUUUUGACACUUGUUAAUGUUACGGAGAAAGAUGAAGGAUGGUACACAUGUAUUGCCCAAAAUACCUUGGGAGAGACAUUUAGCAGUGCUUAUCUUUCUGUUGUUGAAAGUAUUGAACCACCACGAGUACCAAUAAUAGCCCGACCGCAAUUGCUGUUGAUGAAUAUACUCGCUGCGGUAUUAUUCGUCUUCUUCGCGGUAGGUGUUGUGGUAGUAAUAUACAUAUUCCAACGUUUGAAGCGUGAAAAAAUGAAGAAACUACUGGCAAUUGAAACAGCACGUGCUGCAGUUGUCACUCAAUGGACAAAGAAAGUAAUUGUUGAGAAACAAAAUUUAGUAAAUGAUCAAAAUGUCCAAGAAACUUUGCUCUUGCCGGUGGUUAAAAUAGAAAAGCAAAAAUCAACAGUUACUUCUGAAGACAGUAACGGCGGAAGUAUUUCGGAGUACGAGUUACCCUUAGACAGUGCUUGGGAAUUAUCACGUCACCAUUUAGCACUGGGUAAUACUCUGGGUGAGGGUGCAUUUGGUAAAGUAGUGCGAGCACAAACAAACACUGGAAAACCUGGAAUUCCAAAUGUUGUCGCGGUGAAAAUGUUAAAAGAAGGACACACAGACGCUGAAAUGAUGGACUUGGUAUCGGAAAUGGAAAUGAUGAAGAUGAUUGGGAAACACGUUAACAUCAUUAAUUUACUCGGAGCUUGCACACAAGGUGGUCCACUUUAUGUUGUUGUCGAGUUUGCACCACACGGUAAUUUACGUGAUUUUUUGCGCGAUCACCGACCCUCAUCCGGUGGUUAUGAACCAGUAAUUGGUGGUAAUGGAGAGAAUGAUGCCAAAGAAAAGAAAACGUUAACGCAAAAAGAUCUUGUGUCAUUUGCUUAUCAAGUUGCACGAGGAAUGGAAUAUCUAGCAAGCAGACGUUGUAUACACAGAGAUUUAGCUGCGAGAAAUGUACUUGUUAGCGAUGAAUAUGUACUCAAGAUCGCAGACUUUGGUCUUGCUAGAGAUAUACACUGUCAUGAUUAUUACAGAAAAACAACAGAUGGUAGAUUACCUGUUAAAUGGAUGGCUCCUGAAGCACUCUUUCAUCGUGUUUACACCACUCAGUCCGACGUAUGGUCGUACGGAAUUCUGUUGUGGGAAAUAAUGACAUUAGGGGGCACACCAUAUCCGUCAGUACCAUCAGUAGAAAAAUUAUUCCAACUUCUUCGAACCGGACACAGAAUGGAGAAACCACCCUGCUGCUCGAUUGAAAUAUAUAUGCUUAUGCGAGAUUGCUGGAGUUAUCAGCCUAACGAACGACCUAUGUUUGGAGAACUUGUCGAGGAUUUAGAUAGGAUACUAACGAUAACUGCGAACGAGGAAUAUUUGGACCUCGGUCUACCGCAAUUAGAUACACCACCAUCGAGUCAAGAGUCGAGUGACGCUGAAGAUGAUGAUGAAGAAAAAUUUCCACUUCUAGGAAAAUAUUUAUUCGUUAAUAUUUUAUUAAUAAAAAUAUUCAACGAGUAUUAA